CCGUCAACACAGUUUUGUGUACACAAAUAACCUAUCGGAGUCAUUUAAAGAAAUUUGUUUUAUUAAUUCAAUUUUAAAUAAUUACAUGAACCAGAAUGGGUAAAAAGAGAGGAAUUCCACCUUCCAUUCCAGAUCUAAUUAAAAUAGAAGUAAAAGAUGAAAUCGAUAGAAACGUUCUUAUGGCUCGAGAUCGAUUUAGAGGGGCUUUACGAGAAUUAUUGCAUCACAGCGAUGAAGGGUCAUCCGCGGAUUCUGGCGAUGAAUCUGGUUCAAACGAAUAUAGAGUAACACCGAAAAAAAUAGAUCCAACUUAUCGACCAAAACAAAUACAAAGUCAAGUUCGCAAAAUGAAGAGAAGGCGACAAAUGCAUAUGGAUUCUGCAUUUCACCAUACGUAUGUUAUGAAGUUAUUUGACAGAAGUGUAGAUCUUGCACAAUUUCAAGAAGAUACCCCUUUAUAUCCAAUUUGCAGAGCAUGGAUGGCCAAUCAGCCAAGAAAUCCUAAUCUAGUGCCAAAAGCUAGAAGUCCAAGUCCAGACAUAAUUUCAGAAUUUAAUAGUGUUGGUAAUAUGUUCGAUACUAAUGGAGAAAUUCGAGAUAUCAACUCUCUGCCACCACCAUUACCUAGUGAAGAAGCUCUUCCAAGAAAUCGAAUCCCAUCUCCAAUUAUCAUUGAUAAAGAGAAGCUCGAUUUAGAUUAUGAAGGGCAGACAUUAAAAUCUCGUGAAUUAUUAAUGAAAGAACACAGAGAACAUUGGGUUGCAGUUCGUAAAAAGUGGCAUCAACAAGCUCACAAAAACGAACAACGUUUUUCCGAAAGUGCAACCAUUUUAAGCACAAUAUUCAAAAGGUUUUCAUUUAUAUAUUAAUUCAGUGAAAUCCUAAAACAAUGAUAAUUAAUUAAAGUAAUGAGUAAUAUUUUAAAAUAUAUAUUUCAGAGCUCAAUCGGAAUUCGAUUAAAGCGAAUUCUUGUAAUAAUAAAAAUAAUAAUGAUAUACCAUUUUUAAUUAUACAUCAAGGCAAUGAAAUGUAAUUUAUGGUAUGGAUUACUAAGCUUGUAAUUAAAUGUCUAUAUUUAAGUUAGGAUAUUAAUAAAAUGAGAAAAUAAAUAUUUGAGAAUUAAAAGCA